UCUUUUUAAAAUUAGUUCAAUAUGCUGGUUCACCUAACGAUACUAUAUCCAAAAGAACUACUCAUUGAAAAGGCUUCUCCCUCCUCUAGAUGUCAGCCAGCCACCUGUAGCUCCAAAACAGUGUAGUCACUACCCCCACUACUAGUCAACUCUGGCAUUUGAGGUUUGUUUCCUUGAUAAGCUGCCGGUGUUUUUGUGCUUGUUGAGUUAUCACUAAAUAACUUCGCAAAGAAACAACAUUUUAUAUUAUAAAAUGUGUAUUUUAUAUAUUUUUUCACUUAUACUUUUAAUAUUCUUUGAUAUUCAGUAUUAUAUUAGAAUCAUAGCUGUUGUUUUGUUUGGGAGAUUGUUUGAAAAGAAGCAGAAAGUCACUGACCCUACAAUAAUUUAUGGUUUCUGUUUCACUCAAGAUUUAGAUCUAGUUUUCAAGCACAUGAAUAAUGCUAGGUUUGUCAGGGAUCUAGAUUUUGCCCGUUUCCACUUUUAUGACAGAUCAGGAUUAUAUGAUGAAAUGAUAAAGAGAAAAAGUGAUGCACUCCAAGCUGCUACCAAUAUUAGAUAUCGAAGAGUUAUUCCAAUUUUCACUUUUUACAAAAUAGUCACACAGGUAAUUUAUUGGGAUGAGAAGAGCAUCUAUGUUGAACAGAAGUUCAUUACAAAUGAUGGAUUUAUUCGAGCGAUAGUUUUGAGCAAACAGACUAUGAUUAAAACUGAUGUUGAAGAUGUCAUGAAAUCAUUAAAUGCUGGGCCCAAACCAGAAAUACCUAGGGACCUUGAUCUGUGGUUACAAAGUAUGGAAGUUUCUAGUGAAAAACUGAGGGCAAAGCAAGACUGAUAAUGUUUUAUAUUGAAACAGAAAUUAAAAAAAAAAAGUUUGCUCACAGGUUAUUACAUUCUCCUGUAUUAAAUUUGUUUUUUCAUUAAUUUUACUUUGUUUUGUUCUUUACUUAAACAGCUGAUUCGUACUUAUAGCAUUAAUAAUAAGGUUGGCAGCUGUCCAACAUGUAAUGAUGAGUCCCUCUGUAGGGAAUUUUUGAUAUCUUGAGUGAAUGUAGCGAAUGAUAGUAGAGUAUUGUGAAUCUAGAAAAACCAAACAAAAUUACUAUAGUCUAUAAUGCCCAAAAUAAUAUCUGAAUAUUAUGUUAUUUUUAUAUCAACCUUAAUUGUUAAGGUAUGCUCAUUCUAGAGAUAGAGAAACCACCAUGAGGGUGUUUUGUAACUACAAAAAGAAUUAACAUGUAACUUGCCGAAGGAGUGAAAUUGUUUCUACAUUUUCUUAGAUUAAGUUCCUAGAGUAGACUGAUUUGUCCCAUUAGUUAUUUUAAUGUCCUGGUAGAAUAAAGAUUUGAACUUGAUCUGAUGAGUUUCAAAAUUGUAAAAUUUCUGAAUUUUUUUUCUUUGAAGGUUGGCUGCUAUUGAAAGAUUUUCAAAAUGCUCAAAACAAAUAUGAAUUUGUUUCAUACUUAUAUAUAUUUUUUUACCUACUUGAACCAACUACCUCUUUUUUGACCAUUUACUGACCUUAAAAAGAAUAUAUCUCCAGCACAUUUUUUAUCUAUAUUAAAAAAAAGCACUAAAUUAAAAAGCAUAUAUAUUUUUAUAUAUAUAAAAAAUUAUUUUUAAAACUAUUAAAAUCUGUGACCUCCCCGUUUGAGUUCAUAUUUUUACUUGUAAUAAAAACAACUUUUCCCUUGAAAAUAUUGAUUAGCUUUUGAGAAGAUUAUGUUAUUGUGAUGAGGCUCAGAUUUUGAAACAGCUUCAAGAUAAUAAAAAACAUUAGUUUUAUCAAAACACAAACUAUAAACCAAAUCAGGCUGUCUACUUCGCUACAUUGAUAUAUAUCUGUUUUUUUUAUUAUUAUUUUAUAAAACAUGUCUAUGUUGAAUACAAAAAUUUAUUUAUUUGUUUUAAUGAUAAAAUAGCCAGGAUCGUUCCACACCAAAGCCUUUUUAAUUAGAAAUCUGUUGAAUGUAUAAACAAUUACUGAAUUCUAUUGUGUGCCAGACAUUAGAAGUAUGUUUUUAUAUUCUUUAUAAGAGAGUCUGUAUUUUUUUCAUUUGUUCAAUAAUUGAAAAGUAACAAAUCCUUAUAAAGAAUAAAUUGACGAAAAUUGUUUCAAACGUUAAUAUCUCCACUUUUGGAAAAUUAUCAUGUUGUCAAAUAACAUUUGACAUGAGAAACUUUGUUUUGAAAUUUAUUGAAUAAUUUCCAGAUGUAGAUGUAGAUUGUUAUAUUAUCAACAAAAUCAUUAAAGGAAAGUGGGUAUAUUAUGUUUUGUUAGAAUGCUUUUCAAUUUUUUUUUUUAAUGAAAAAUAAUAAUUGAUUAUAAUCAGAGACCGUAUUACCAUGUUAUUGCACAUUUUAUUCGCUUGCGCGUAAAAACUCCGUAUCUGAACAUCUAUCCGUUUCAGGCUCUAUAGAAUCACAUAUUUAAAUUUUAUAUUGCAAUUUUUACAUUUUGAUUUUGUGUUGAAUUAAAUUGCACAUUUUGUGAUUGACUAAAUGAUAUAUAAAUAUUUAUGCGGGUGUUUAAAUAUUUACUUUUUAUUUUACCGUAUUGUCCAUAUUAAAUUUAUAAUUUUAGAAUGAAAAAUAUGAGGAAGGUGUGACUGGCAAAGAUUUGAAUUUAAUGUGACAAAAAUACGAUGUAAAUACAAGUGCAGACUGACUAUUCUUGGAAUAGAACAUGCCUGAAGAAAUUUAAAAAACAAAACUGCAUAUCUCAUUAUGACUUGAAUUCUCACUCUUUCGUAAGUCUUUCAGUAUCCAUUCCGGCUUUAAAGUGAAUCGUAGACUACCAUGGAUUCGACAUUAAUAAUAUCUGAUUUGACAUUCAUAAAAACAAAUUUUCCAUAGUUGUUAACUAACUUAGAAUCUCGAAUUUGUUUCACUUAAUAAACAAAUUGAAAUUAUAGAAACUAUAGGAGAAAAUCUUUAAAAAAUCAAUAGUGAAAUAAAAAAAAUUAUAUCUCAAAAUUUUACUCUAUAAUAGAAAAAAUUUUGUAUUUGUUUUGUGAAUUAUCUUUAAGUUUUCUAUUAUUUAUGUCAGUACUCAUUUUUUUAUUUCUCUUUCUUCAAGAUUUAGGUUAAUCAUAAUUUAUUAUUGUGUUAGAUUGUGUAUUAUUGUUGUUUGUUGAUUGUAAUAUCAAUUUUAAUUUUCACUGUUGCUUUUUAUUAUUUUUUUUUUUUUGUGGCACAAUAUUUUAAUUCAGAAGUUCAACAUAAGGUUUAUUAGGAUUUCAAUGUAUAAAUAUUAUAAAUUGAACAAAAUAGAUCAUUUUUGCAUGUUUUUUGGUGUAAAUUAGACAAUUUUAUAUAUGUUGAAUUUUUAUUGCAAGAUUUUGCACAUUUUGAGUUUUUUGCUACACAUUUUUCAGAUUUCUACUGCAGAAAGAUCCGGUCUCUAAUUAUAAUGCAUAUAAAUUUUUUUAAGACUGUUGAAAGGGAGGCAGAAGUACUUGUCUUUUGUUGUAUUUUAGUGGUUAUUUUUUUUUUAUUAAAAUAAAAUGUUUGUUAUUUUUUUAUUUUCUUUAAUUGAAUCGAGUAUUGUAAUCAUGACAUGUGUAUUUUUUCUCCUACCUGUUAUGUUUUUAUUUAUUAUAUAUUUUAUUUUAAAUUAUUGAAUCAUUUGUAUUAUUUCCUAUAUUAAUCACUUAUUUAGAAAUAUAUAGUACACAUAUAUAGAAAAAUGAAAAUAAUUAUAAUAACUGUUCUUGCUGUGUGAAAGUUUUUAUAUGAAACACUGAAAUGUGAAAUAUCUAAACUUCAGUUAAAGUAAUAACUAAAAAAUAUUUGAACUACAAAGAACCUUUUGCAAUAAAUAAGUCAUUAUUGGAGAUAGUAAUUGAUCAAUACUAAUUAGCAGUUAAAGUAAUAAACAUUUUAAUCAGCUGAUGACUACAAAAAACAGGCCUGAUGAAUGUUUAGGUAGCAACUUGGUAUGUUGAGCCAGAAUUCUUUCUUAUUUGAAUCUGGGUAUUGCGAGUUCACACUUAUUAUGUGGUAAACAUAUGUAAUAAAUCUUUAUUUUUCAAAAUUGUUGUCACUGCUUAUCGCUUCCACUUUUCAGAUAUAAGGGUGUACUGAUCUUACAUUAUAAUAUUAGUAUUAAAUGCUCGUCUCCAUAAAUUAAUAAAGAAAUGGAAUUGAAAUUUUCAAAUAAUAAUAUUUGAUAUAAACUUGUAUAAAUAACAAGUUAUUUUCAAAAGAUAAUUUGACAAACAAAACAGUGUGUAUAUAACAGAAACUUUGUUUUAAAAAAUUAUAAAUUGAAAAUUAAGUUCCAAAAUCUAAAUGUUGUCAAUAUCACAUAAAAACAGUAAUGAAAAUGAAAAACAAAACAAAAUCCUGCUAACAAAAGAUCUAUCCAAAAAAAUUAAGGAAUUUUGACGUAGUGAUAAAGUGCAUCAAUAUUUUUCAGUUAGAGUCAUUUUUUACAAUCAGAAUAUCAAUGUUAUGCUUAAUCAAGUUUAAAUUGAUUUCUCAGUUUUUUUUUCAACAUUAAGUGUUAUUAUAAAUGUUAUUCAACAUUAAUUAUAUCUUUAAUACCAUAAUUGUUGUAGAUUAUAAUUAUUCAUUGUAAAUUUUGUUAAUUCAUCUUGGCUGGAUUGAUACGUUCAAUAAUAGUUGAUUGUUACUAAUUGAGUGUGUUAAAAAGACAAAGAAAAAUACAUUGAAUUUUGUCAUUUUAUUUUUCAAUUUAAUAUAGCUACAUGAAUAAAUUUAACAUAAGGAAUAUAUAAGUAAAUUUUAUAAUAUAGUAUUUUAAAAGUGUAGCAAUAGAUCAAGCACCAUCUUGAAAAUUUCAAAAAUAUUAGUGAAAUGUUAAGAUGAAUAUUGUGCUUGUAAAUUACUCUGACUUAUAUGAUUGGUUUUAAAUCCAAAUACUCUUCUGAUUAUUCUAGUCAACGCUUAUUAUUAAUGAGUAUAAUUCAUAUUUAAGAUAAAUAAUUAGGAUAAUCAUUAAUGUCUUUUUUUUUUCUUUUUUUUUUUUACUUUUACUACUCUUAAAUUCUUAUUGGGCCUACUUCAUUCUAUUCUGCAGCAGAUUAUAAAUUGUGUUCAACAAUUAUAAAAUCAAUAGCCAUUUUGUUUUCAUCAAAUCUCAAUAAUUAUUAUAAUAAACCUCUAGCUAUUAAUAUAUUGGUAAUUGUAUUAAAUUAGUAGUUUCUUCAAAUCAUUGUUUCUACUGACAGUCGCUGGUUCUCAGUAAAGUGCUCUAGGAUUUCUUGCCGAUGGUGCAUCUGGGUCAUGAGUUAUCCAUAUCUAUAUUUGUGGGAAUUAUAUAUUGCUUUUUAUUUUCCUUUAUCUUCUUUGAUACUCUCCAUAUGUGUGUGUGUAUAUAUAUAUAUAUAUAUAUAUAUAUAUAUAUAUAUAUAUAUUGAAGCCAUUUUUUAAUUGUGAGUGGUUUAAUAAUUUUUAAGGAGAAAUUUUAACAGACAACUUAUUUUAUAAUGCUUUAUGGACUUCCAUCGUUCAUUAGUAAGUUCCUCUUUCGAUCAGGCAUUUUCUCUAUAAAUCUGCUAAAUUACCAUUCAUAUGCUUAUUGCUGGUUGCCUGGCAGCAGUUUGACAAUAUGUUUGGUUUUGCAGCAGAUCUGGAUAAUCUACCAUAUACUAUGUUUUACUUUAUAUACAUAUUUUGUAAUUAGUUUUUUUAUUUCCCCUUUUUUUAUUAUCACUAUUAAGGUACUUAAGUAAGGUACUUCUUAGCUAUUAUUUAUUUUUUUUUUUGGAAGUAAUUUCUUGAUAAGAAAACAAUUUUUUGAAAUUAAUGUUUAAAUAUAUUGCCCUUAUUUUCAAAAGCUUUUAUGAGGGUCUUAGUCCCUUUCUAGACAACUUUCCAAUUUUUAAUUAAGGCAAGGCAAAUAACUCUCAUGAGUUCUUAAUAGGCAAAAUUCAAACUAUGGGUAACAUUCUACUUUUAUGCAGUGGACUGUAUUUUAAUGGAUUAGUAGGUUAUAUUGAUUGUGCAAAAAUAGCUUUCCAUCAUUAUGCCAGCUUAUAUCUCGUUUUUACCUUGAGGGCGCCUUCGGAGCAUCUGCCCUGUCUGACUAUCUGUGCUGGUCUGAGGUCGAGAGCUGCAGCACUCGUACGGAUUAAGCGUUAUCUUCUGAUCUGGCCCCACCACUCGCCAUAACUGGGAAAAUGGAACUAUUUUCGCACAGUCCCACUUAUUCCAAAAAUUUGCUGCAGUGCUCUAAAUGAAGAUAACCAAGGGAUGCCCAAUGCCCCAUAGUCUUAGCAUAACAACAGGACAAAAGAAUUGUUUGUAUAAAAAUAUAUAAUGUUAAAAAGAUACCUUAAAUGGUAUCAGCUAAAAAUUAUUUGUUACUUAUUGUAAAUUACAGUUUUAUGAAGGUAACUGGAGGUCAAGUAUUGCCAUGACUCAGCCAUCCUGGAGCACCUUACUCUGUCUGAAACUCCAUGGAAAUUUAAUGUAUUUUCUCAAAUAAAACAUAAAAAUCCAAUUUUAGAAUGGAUUAAACAAAGUUUAAUUUCCCUUUUAUAUUAUGAGAAAUUUAUUAAAAGAAACUUUUCAAGUAUCUGUAGAAUACCUCAGAAUGUCCUCUUUUAGUUGUGACUGUCAUCCUUCUUUUCUGUUUGAUAUUUUAACUGUUUACUAGAUGAGCUUAAUUGGCUUGAGUUUGUUCUGUCAGUUUGCCCCUGGAUGGAGCCUUUGCUUCGAAAAGUUUCAAUCCCAAUCUUUUUUAAAAAUAUGGGUAAAAUAUCUGUUUUUAAAUCAAACAUUAUGAAUAUAAAUGCUCCUUGGAGACCAUUUAAGAUAGUGAAAGGGUAACGAUAACCUGGAAUGCGAGUUAUCGAUGCCAAAAGACCAAAUGUCCAUGACGUUCCCAUUAUAGUUGAAAGUUUUAUAUAUAACCAUAGUCUACUAUAUUCCUUUCUACCUGAUGUUUUAAGUUUUUCUGAAGAGCUGUGAUGCUUUUGCAACCAAUAAACUGUAAUUGUGAACAGUACAACAUUCAUUAAAAGGAGAAAAAACAUAGGGAAAUAAAAAAAGAUGGCCAAAGGCAAACUGUUCCCAAACCAACAUACAUUUGGCCUUGCUGCAUAGUGAGGCCGAUAUUCCUUGGGAAGUAAGUCGGUCAGUUCUGCAAUGACUGAGAUGGUAAUAAUUAAGGUUGGUCCUCCCCAUGCAUAGAUAGCAUACUUUAUAUGGCUCUUUGAUGAGCUGUUUUUUAAUGAUGCAUUAGAGAAUGUAUUACAUAUAUCAAUACUCAUAGCAUUCAUCCAAAAAAAAGAAGUCAUAUAAAAAAACUGUGUUAAAAUUGCAAUAACUUGACAAAUAUUCCUCGACACAUCAAAUACGCCACACAGAAAAAGAGUCUGAGCAACCAUCAAAGAAAUAGCAAGAGAAUUGAGAACUUUAGCUGGUAGGGUCUUAGGAAUUGGUGAAAUUAUUGAUAUAAACAAAUGCAAGAAGAGGCAAAUUAUAGAAGUUGACAUACAUACUAGAGUUAAAUAACCAUCAAUUUUCUGACUUAAGUACUCUUUGAUAUUGUUGCAGGACACAUCACUUUUAUUACACAUGUUAACAUCACAGGAACUUCCAAUCGGGCAGCUGAUUGAAGUGCAUUUCUGUUGUAAUCCAUCCCAAAUACUCUUUGGAACAUUACAUGAACGAAAACUCCAAUCAUAACUAAGUAUUAUGGAAAGUUUUGGUAUGGUCCCCCUGAAAUUAUGGCCACGCCAGCAGCGUAAUUCUUUUUUGUUUACGCCAUUGCAGAUUGCACAGUGAGGGUUCUUAUAUAUCUGUAAAGAAGAUAAUAUUGAAUUGAAAAAGUAUGUUUGAUUAAUCCAAAAUAUUAUUUUAUUUUUGAUUUUCAUGGUUUACGAUUACCUCAUUUGCCUUUGACAAUAUCAUUGAAUAUGAAUUGCAUUUGGAAGAAAGUACAGGAUCCGUAUUGGAAGGACAAUCAGACACAGAAGAAACACAAGAUCUUCUAUUUCUUACCUCUUCAACAGGAAAUAUACUGCAGGAACCAUUUUCAACUUUCCACAUAAGUUUUCC